AUGUCUAAUUCAUCAGCAUCCUCUUCCUCUAGCUCUGAUUACGAAUCAACCGAAUACGAAUCAAUCAAUCGGGUUGUUUCCCAGAUGAAUGCAGUUUUCAAUCCCGAGGCCAUAGGCACUUGUCUUAGCAAAUGCACUUCUGCAAUACGCCAGUUAUCGUAUAGCUAUAAGGCUGAUGCUUUGGAAGAGUACUUGAAAAUGGUGCAAGAUACGGGGUACCAGUGUUUAGACGCUUUCUGCAAGUGUGUGAUACACCUAUAUCGUGACGAGUACUUGAGAAGGGCAACAGAAGCAGAUAUCGAGCGGUUAACUUCUAAACAUGAGCAGGACAGGGCUCCUAAAGUAGAGUUUUCGGUGAAUGGCCACCGGUUUGGAAAGGGAUAUUACCUAGAAGAUGGUAUUUAUCCUGAAUGGGCCACUCUUGUGAAGUCUUUCAAGUGCACAAUGGACCCGAAAACCACCAAGUUCAAGGGAUACCAAGAAGCUGCAAGGAAGGAUGUCGAGCGAGCAUUCGAGGUUCUUCAAGGUCGUUGGCAAAUUGUUGAGCAACAAGCCCGGGCCUACAGUGUGAACAAGAUAAAACGUAUCAUGUUAUGUUGUGUGAUUCUGCACAACAUGAUCGUUGAAGAGAACGAGCGCACAUUCACAUAG